AUGCACCCCCUCACCUUCGCCGACUACACCGUCCGGAAGCGCCUGCUGCCCCAGUACGAGGCCACCAACCGCAAGGCCACCCUCCUGCCCCCCGGCCCCGACCUGGCCGCUCUCUCCGGGGCGAGGCUGAACAGCCUCGACAAAUGCUCGCCGUGCUACUUCGAGAUCGACGUGAGCUACAAGAACGUGGUGAACCGAUACUUCCUGCUACACCGGGACCGCACUUUCAGCAUGACAGUGUCUUCCACUGAGGAGGCAGGCUGCAUCUCAGUCGACAUCACCAAGUCGCUCAACCAAUACUGGAUCGAGGAGGAGGAGCGUCGCAAAGAGCAGGCCCUGGCCCCCCUCGCGGACAUGCCCCCUGCCUUCCGCGAACUGGGGCCGUGCAGGGACAUCUCCUUCCGGCACGAGCUGUCUAGACUCAGCGCCUCCUCCAGUCUGUCCCAGGAGUGUGUCGAGGAGGAGACUCCGUUCCUCGAGGCAAGGGAUUUGGCCCGCUACUACGGGGGGAAGGGGUUCGCCUUCGCCCAGCUGAGCGACAGCUUCGAGCUCGGGAUCGCUACUGAACGGAUUGUGGCCAACCCUGAGCACGACCCGGUCCACGCGAUCGUCCUGGAAUUCCUGAAUCGCGAUAAGAGGACCACUGUCUGCCUACUGCUGUCCAGUGUGACUGUGCCUGCCUGCGACACAGCUGUCCAGGCGGAGGACGAACAGGGACUGCUCUCGCUGUUUGUCCUGCUUAUCUACAAGUUCGACCCGGAUCUGCUAGUGAGCUACGACAUGGAGAAGAAGGGGCUCUUCUAUCUGUCCUACCGAGCUUGUCUCUACGGUCUUGACCUCUGCGCCUUGCUGAGUCGUUGCCUCUUCAGUAUUGACUUACUGCUGCCCUUCAUUCACUUUACUGCCUACAAAGUGCUCUGGGGCGAACUUGGGGACCUGACCGUCGAGGGGCCAAUGCCCAAGCACACGGCACGGGGGCGGGUGCGCAUCGAGAAGGAACAGCUGAAGGGCAUGUUUAAAAAGAAACCUUUUCUGCGCAGAAAGCUCAUGAACUUGAGUCCGACCCAGGCCGUGAUCAAGAAGGUGACCGCCCGGCAGAUCCUCGACUCGCGGGGACUGCCCACAGUGGCGUGUGACCUGGAGGUCGAGGACGCAGUGUUCUCGGCCUUCGUGCCUUCAGGCAAGUCGACCGGCAAGUAUGAGGCCGUCGAGCUGCGGGACGGGGACAAGUCAAAGUACCUGGGCAAGGGCGUCUUAAAGGCCGUGGAAAACGUGAAGCAGAUCGACGCCCGCCUGCGGGGCAUGAAUGUGCUGAACCAGGGGGAGAUCGACAAGGCGAUGAUCGACCUGGACGGCACCCCGAACAAGGCCAAGCUGGGGGCCAACGCCAUCCUGGGGGUGAGCAUGUGCGUGGCCCGUGCGGCGGCGGCCCACAAGCGGAUGUAUCUGUGGCAGUACCUGGCCGAGGUGGCCAAGAACGCCUCGCCGGUGCUGCCUUUCCCCUAUCUGAACGUGAUCAACGGGGGCAAGCACGCAGACAACCUCAUCGCCUGCCAGGAAUUCAUGAUCUGUCCCGAGAAGGCAGACUCCUUCGCGGAGUCCAUGCGCCAGGGCUGUGAGGUCUAUCACAAGCUCAAGGACAUCAUCAAGAACAAGUUCGGCUCGACCGGGGUCGGCGACGAGGGCGGCUUUGCGCCCGGCUCCAAGACCAUGGAGGAGGCCCUCGCGAUGCUGACCGAGGCGAUGACCAUCCACCCAGGCAUCCGCAUCGGGCUCGACGUGGCUGCCAGCGAGUUCUUCGACGAAAAGACCAAGAAGUACGAUUUGGGCUUCAAGGCCUAGAAGUCCGAGGUAGUGACAGGCUCGGAGCUGACCGCAAACUACCUGGACUUGGUCAAGAAGUUCCCGAUCAAGUCUAUCGAAGACCCCUUCGACCAGGACGACCAGGCCUCCUUCAAGGAGCUGAUGACCAAGAAGACGCCUGAGCUGCAGGUGAUCGGAGACGACCUGCUGGUGACCAACCUGGCUCGCGUGAAGGACGCCCACAAGCAGGGACUGGUCAACUCGCUGCUGCUCAAGGUCAACCAGAUCGGUACGCUUACGGAGUCCAUCGAAGCCGCGCAGUUCUGUCUCAGCAAUCAGUGGAAGGUCAUGGUCAGCCACCGCUCCGGCGAGACUGAGGACAACUUCAUCGCGGAUCUGGUGGUGGCCCUGAGCGCAGGCCAGAUCAAGACGGGCGCGCCCUGCCGGAGCGAGCGCCUGAGCAAAUACAACCGGCUGCUCGAGAUCGAGGCCGAGAUGCAGGCCGCCGGCCUCAAGCAGACCUUCCCGCCCAAGGCAUGA